GGAGAAGCCCAGGUGGGUGAGGAGGGAGCGCCCGCCCCGGGAAGCCCUGUCUGAGGGCCAUGGGGGGAGAGGUGAGGCUGCCGCCCGGAGAGCCCUGCCGAGAAGGCUACGUACUGUCUUUGGUCUGUUCAAACUCCUCCCAGGCUUGGUGUGAGAUCACAAAUGUGUCACAGCUGCUGGCUUCUCCUAUCCUCUACAAGGACCUGAAUUCCAGCCUAACCAACUUGAGCAUUUCUGCAAAUGUAGAAAACAAAUACAGUCUUUAUGUGGGCCUGGUACUGGCAGUGAGUUCCAGUAUUUUUAUUGGCUCCAGCUUCAUACUGAAAAAGAAGGGCCUCUUGCAACUGGCCAACAAGGGUUUUACUAGAGCUGGUCAAGGUGGACAUUCUUACCUCAAGGAAUGGCUCUGGUGGGCAGGAUUACUUUCAAUGGGAGCAGGAGAGACUGCGAACUUCGCAGCUUAUGCUUUUGCACCGGCCACGUUGGUCACGCCGCUGGGCGCUCUGAGUGUUCUCAUCAGUGCAAUAUUGUCUUCCUAUUUCUUAAAUGAGCACUUGAACAUUCAUGGGAAAAUAGGCUGCAUAUUAAGUAUAUUGGGAUCAACGGUGAUGGUCAUCCAUGCCCCGCAAGAAGAGGAAGUCACAUCUUUGCAUGAAAUGGAAGUGAAAUUGAGAGACCCAGGAUUCAUUUCCUUUGCCGUGAUCAUAACUGUGAUCGCCUUGGUACUGAUUUUGAUCGUGGCUCCCAAGAAAGGACAGACCAACAUCCUGGUGUACAUUUCAAUCUGUUCGUUGAUUGGAGCGUUUUCCGUUUCUUCUGUGAAGGGCCUGGGAAUUGCCAUUAAGGAACUGUUGGAAUGGAAGCCGGUUUACAAGAAUCCCCUGGUCUUCAUUUUGCUGGCUGUACUUGUCCUUUCAGUGACGACACAGAUUAACUAUCUCAACAAGGCACUGGACACCUUUAAUACAUCUCUUGUGACUCCCAUUUACUACGUGUUCUUUACAUCCAUGGUAGUGACUUGCUCUGCCAUCUUAUUUCAAGAAUGGUAUGGCAUGAAAGCUGGAGAUAUCAUCGGAACCUUGAGUGGAUUCUUCACCAUUAUCAAUGGCAUCUUCCUUCUACAUGCUUUUAAAAAUACUGACAUUACCUGGAGUGACCUGGCAUCCACUACUCAGAAAGAAGUCCCCUCUCUGAAUGGCAAUGAAGAUAAGUAUGUCUUACUAGAGAAUAUAGAAUGUUCAACCUCUGGAUACGAGGAAGACAUUACUUUGUUUAGCAGGACUAGUAUGAAUGAGCAAAACCUCUAUAAACCCUGAACUUGAACCAAUAAGAGACACAUGGAGAGGAAAAGGAACACCUGAUUCUUGGAAGAACUGUUAGGAAAGCUGACAUUUUUAAAGUUCUAACUAAUAAUUUAGAUGUGAGGCCAAAUAAAAAAAAUGCUUUCAUGUUUUGGCCAUCACAUUUGAAAAUCAAGAUCUUGAUCACCCUCCAGAAGACUUCUGCUGUUUCUCAUUUCUGCAAACUUGAAAUAGUCCCUAAGCAGAGAAGUCAGAGUAAUCUCUUUCUUCUGGCCACAGUAUAGUUGGCCCUGCCAAGUGGCUCUUCAUUUCAUUGGCUGCUGUUCUUAGUCUCACAGUAAUUCAUAGACUUAACUGUGUGUUGAUAAGCAGAGUAUCAAUCAUUCUCUGAUGAGUCAUAGUUUCAAAGUAUUGAAACUAAGAAGUGAGAUCACUGAUGUUUUACCUCCCCUUCCACAAGUUAUCUAAAAUAGAUAGCUGAAGGGUAGAGUGUUAAAGAGAAAAAUAGGUCUGCUCUGGAAAUCUGUUCCUUGUGUGUUAGAAUGUAAAGACAUAUGCGUCCAUGAAGAACUUAUGAAUUGUAAUCGUAGUUUAUUGGCAUAUCAUAGAAGUUUAUUACCAAUUAAAAAGGGGACAGUGGAGGAGGGAAAUAUUUUAUACCUUAGGUAAAUGAAACAAUUUUCUUUUUACUAAAAUAAACACAAAUUAUUGUGUUCAUGAGUUCUUUUAUCUCAAAUCUGAAUAACAUAAGACAAAAUUGAGUUUCUGGAGAAGUCCAAAUGAAUUCAAUUUUGGAAUUUCUUGUAUUCAUUUUGUUCCUUUAUUUUAUUAUUAUCCCAAAGGUUGUUUUUCUUAUUGACGUGGAGAUUCUUGUAAGGUAAUUACUACAUUCUUUUAGGAUUAUAUUGUACACUUCAGUUUUUCUCAAAUGUUUAAUUCCCAAAGGGUGGGUUUUUCACAAACUGUUUGGAAACAAACAAAAAAAUCUUUUUUAAAAACCUAAAUGAGUUAUCAUAAUUGUUCUCUUGAAAUUUGUCACUUUCAAGCUUAAUGAGAAAAUUAUAAUUAGUUACAAACCUUUUUGAAAAUAUACAUAUACUACCACAAUAAGUGGUAGAUUGUCUUUUUAUGUUGAAUUUCACCCUGAUCACGUUUUCUGUACAUUGAAUUGAUAAGUAUUUUGGAAAAAUAAGACAAGGAGUUGAUUUCCUGGAAAACAAAAUAUUACGACCUCAGGGACUGCUACCAGAAAAUACACUUUGUGUAUUAAAACUUACAUAAAAUGUUCCUGUCUCCAAGGGCACAGCAGGAAUAACACUUUUGGUGGUCUUUCAUGUUUAUGAACAGAUUUCUCAUCACUCAUUGAUUUAAUGGAAAAGGAGAAAUUAGCUGUCUUCUAAACUUAUUUCUCUCAAAACAAAACAGAAAUCCUAACCAAAAAAAAAUUGUGACAAUCCAAAAAACAAACAAAACAGAAACCCUUUUGGUUAACUGGACUUUUCUGUUCUAACAUCAAAUGUCUGUAGUUUUGUUUGACUGUAAUCCAGCUCAAGUCUGUCCUGGGUAAUAAUAGUAAAUUCUGUUAUUCAGAAUUCUACCACACUGAUGUUAGCAUCUCCCAAGUUUUCCUGAACUGGGGCUGAUUUCCCAGUGAUGACCUGAGGUGGCCGCCAAGUCCUAACGUGCUGUUAGUCUCUUCAGCAUAGUUUAGUGUUGAGUGCAAUUCAGUAUAUUCCAGAUUUUUGAAAACUGAUGAUCCAUGGAAGAUACAUGGGUUGAUGCUUCAGGUCAAAUAUGUAUUUACUCUGUUGACUGCUGUUUUACUUUAUUGUAUGUCAGAUAUAUAAGCUAUGAAUACAAAUCUGUAGGAAAAGGUCAUAUUUGAAAAAUGUAGACAUUCUUCUAAAGUUUAUCUUUUUCCUUUUGAAAAUUGUAUUUGUUUCUCCAGAACACCUUCUUAGUGAGGAAAUCGAUGGCAUCCAAACUGAGGCUGUGAACUUUCGUGUCAGACAUUUCUUAAAUGUCCUCCUUUGCCCUUGGUGUAUUGGGUCCAUGUCGAAGGUUCUUGGAACACAAGAACCAUGUGUACCCUGGGUUGGAAAAUAAACUGGUGUUGACACAUAUGCCCAGGAGAAA